CUGCAUAUGCUUGUGAACAGCAAUUUGAACUCAUUUGCCCAAUUACAUUCAUGUGGUCUUGAAAGUGCUUUGAUCAGACUUGAACAAACAGACUUGAUGCAAACAGGUUCUGCAUUUUUUUUUUUUAAUCUGCGUGCAUACAUAUAGCUGUGAUGUUUGACAGCAGGGACCGUGUCAGCUACAAAAAAUUAACAGUCAAAUUAAGCUUUGGUGUUAGUUCCUAAUAAUCAAUAAGCAAAUAUGUAUUCUGUGACUCAGAUAUGCACUGACAGGGAAGAAUACAAGGUGGAAGACAACAUUUUGUUCUAACAGUAGCCUCAGUAGCUUCUGAUGUCAUUUAAACAAGAAGACAUCAGGUGCAGGUUACAUUUAUUGAUACCCAGAGGUAGAAUCAAGUGGCAUUCGUCAACAAAAAAAUGACAUACAACAUAUAUUAAUCAUGAAAACACAUUAAAAAUCAUAGAACAUCAAAAAAGCUCUUUAUGGACCAUGCACAACCUUAUUCAAAUACUAAAUGUUCUUGCACAUUCUCUUCAAGCCCUAUAGAGAAACAAGGUUGAUUUGAUCACAGACUCACUCCUGGAAUACUCUGUACUUAGUAAACAUAAAACACAAACAUUUUGAGAUUGCAGCCUUCUGCCUUCAUUUGCAUUUUACUAAUCCACAGCUGCACAUUGAUGUUAUAUAUGUGUUGGUGUUGAAAUGUCUUACAGGGGUAGAUAAUCUGCAGUAGUAGUGUCACGUUAUUAUCAGAAUCUACUCUGUAUCAAAGCAGCCAACCUACUGCUCUUUAGCAAACUUGGAUAACAUCCAAGUUAAACAUAUAAUACACAAAAGCAAAGGUGAACAGACACACAUCAUGUGAUCAGUGCCAUCCACAGUACUGUAUGCAUGACAGGAACGUUCACAAUUCGCUGCCAAAAGACUUUGAAAUCUUCCACUAAUAAUUUACCUGCAAGCUGUCAUCCUGCAAAGAGUUUAGAGCCAGUUCACUACAAACUGCAGUAGGAAUUUGGAGAAGGCAAUAAGUGACAGUUUAAUUAGGUUGCUGGGACAUUGAUGCUUACUGUAUAUUAGGCAAAGUUAAUAGAUUUAUGCUACACCUUUAAGAAAAACACGUCACUUAACAUUAGUUUUUCAUUGCAGAAGAUCAAAAAUGACCUAGUUAUUUACUUACAAGAACAGUAUUGUAGAGCAUUCAGUGUUCCCAACAGACAGUUUAGUGACCCAUUCUUGUGCUUAGCAUUUAAUAAUAAUAAUAAUGAUGAUGAUGAUAAUCUCUGGUUUCGUUGAAGACACUGUGGAUGUAUUAUUACACACAAGUUGAAGCAGUAGCCUACGUUUCCUGUCCUGUACCAGGCCUAUUAUAAAGCAACCAACCGCCAUCGAAGGAAAAAAACCCCAGUGAGUUCGCAAUAAGGGCGAGGCUUAUUUUGUUCGGUUCCUGCCCAUGACUCGGCUCUCUGGGUCCCCGUAGCGAUCGGUGUGAGCGCUGCAAUUGUCAUUUUCGUCCGUGUGUCGUUCUCCAAUGUUUGAUUUAGGCUCCAUGUUGAAGUUUUUUUUGCGUCCGGGGCACAGCUUCUUGUAGCCUCACACGCCGCUAACCCAUCUGACAAACAGCCACAUACAGACACAGACGCGUAGCACUCGCUUGAUUUGCACCAGCGCGGGUCAUUUCAGGAUAAACGCUGGCGCUGGAGUCCCGUUCAAAUAGCCAGCGGAGAUCAACACCGAUUCCAGUGGAGGAGGAAUGCGCAAGCACCGGGACUCCAAAUAAUAUGCGGAUACGAGCUUCGUCUUGUAUAUGCGGUGUUUCUCUCAGGGAGCUCAGGAGCUACUCACUGCUGCCUGGAAUCAGACUUCCCCACUUCCUCUGGUAGGUGCCCAGAUGUCUGAGGAGGCUCUGAGGAUGACGUCUUGGCCUUGAACCCCACCAGUAUGUCAGAGCCAGCAGAAAAAUGCUCCCCCCGCUGGAAAGAUGAUGCCAUUCAAAAUGGGUACAUACCAAGUUACCUGGACAAGGAUGAGCUAUGUGUAGUGUGCGGGGACAAAGCCACAGGCUAUCACUAUCGCUGCAUUACCUGUGAAGGUUGCAAGGGUUUCUUCAGGCGGACAAUCCAGAAGAAUCUCAACCCUAGCUAUGCUUGUAAGUACGAGGCGAAAUGUGUCAUCGACAAAGUGACCAGAAAUCAGUGCCAGGAGUGUCGCUUCAAGAAGUGCAUCGCAGUGGGAAUGGCAACCGACUUGGUGUUGGAUGAUAGCAAGAGGCUGGCCAAGCGGAAGCUAAUCGAGGAGAACCGGGAGCGCCGCCGGAAGGAGGAACUGCAGAAGACUGCAUGGGACCGGCUGGAACCCACCCAGGAGGAGUGGGACCUCAUUCGUAUGGUGACCGAGGCCCAUAUAGCCACGAAUGCCCAGGGCAACCACUGGAAGCAGAAGCGGAAGUUCCUGGUCGAGGAAACUAUGCUUCUUAAUGAAAUAACAUGUAAUUUAUUCUAUACUUCUGACCAGAGUGCCGCGGUGGUGAUGGAAACUAAGCCUGACGAAAUUGGUCAAGCGUCCAUGGAGAGUGCACCUGAAGGAAACAAAGUGGAUAUAGAAGCCUUCAGCCAGUUUACAAAAAUUAUCACCCCUGCCAUAACCCGGGUGGUGGACUUUGCCAAAAAACUGCCUAUGUUUUGUGAGCUGCCUUGUGAAGACCAGAUCAUCUUGCUGAAAGGCUGCUGUAUGGAGAUCAUGUCACUGCGAGCUGCUGUUCGCUAUGAUCCAGAGAGUGAGACCCUCACGCUCAAUGGCGAGAUGGCAGUUACGCGUGGGCAGCUUAAGAAUGGAGGCUUGGGCGUUGUCUCGGAUGCCAUCUUUGACCUCGGCGUGUCACUGGCCGCCUUUAACUUGGAUGACUCUGAGGUGGCUCUUCUACAGGCUGUCAUCCUGCUGUCAUCUGAUCGGCCAGGCCUGAGUUGUGUGGAGCGUAUUGAACGCUGCCAGGAAGAAUUUCUGCUUGCAUUCGAACAUUAUAUCAACUACCGCAAACACAAAUUGGCACAUUUCUGGCCCAAGCUGCUAAUGAAGGUGACAGACCUGCGAAUGAUCGGUGCUUGCCACGCCAGCCGAUUCCUUCACAUGAAAGUGGAGUGUCCCACUGAGCUAUUCCCUCCUCUCUUCCUGGAGGUCUUUGAGGACUGACCAAUGGAUUUUAGGAUGUGUGUGUCUGUGUGUCUGUGUCUGUGUGUGUGUGUGCAUCCGUCAGCGCCUGGGCACCCUGUUGGUCUCAGUGGUGGAACCAGCAGAAGGCCCGUCACAACAGACUUUCUUUUGGCACUACUGAGUGUCAGUUCAUUCCAUAAGGAGUAGCCCUCUGGUCUAGUUUUGGAUGGAACCAUUCCUUGCAGUGCGGGUACAUGUGAAUAUCAUUUUGUUAUUUUUGUUGUUUUUAUUGUUGUAGAUAUAAACUUUCACCUCGGAUUAUAGUAUAGGUGUGUGUGUGUGUUUGUGUGUGUGUGUGUGUGUGUGUGUGUGUUGAUGAUUGUACAUUUGGCAUAAGGGUGAUUUUAUCAAGACUCAUUCAUUAGAAAUCAUGCAAAUGUUGUAUUUUCCUUCCUUCCUUAUGUUGAAAACUCAAAAUAGCUGCUGAGUUGACACAAAUCAAGACAUGAUUAACAUUUUGUUAGCCUUUUCCCAACCUGCUUGGCAUUGUUUGACCCAUUUGUUGUUUAAUAUGUUUACUGCCACAUAGUUUGUAAUCCGUCAGGUGAGUAUCAGCUCAGUGCCUCACCAUCAUACUGUGAUUUGGCCAGCAACACUCAGUCUGAUGGACAACAGCUCACAGGCCUUUUUAGGUCUCUGGGUAGCCAGACGCCACAGUGUUAAGAGCGUCAUCAUACUGUAUUCCAGAGAUGUCGGAAUUUUGUGACAGAACAGUAACUUGAGGCAGAAGUAAAAAAAAAAAAAACCUGGACAAGAUUUUGCUAAACCUUUAUGAGAUUCCGUUAUAUACAUGGCAACUACUCUGUUAACACUACACGACAACACAAAACGUGUUUUUAAUCCUCAAAACACAGCUUUUGGUAAAGCUUGAGCACAUUACUUUCCUUUGUGGUACUUAGUUAAAGUGUAACUUGCAGUUUAGUAACCCAAGAGAAUCGAUGUUUAGGAAAAUAAUAACAUAUACGGUAUAUAAAUGCAAACCACAGCAGCAUUUGGACAAAUUGGUCACGACGUCACAAAAAGGAGAGCAGUCAAGCUACAUGACAUUUAACAAUUGAAAAUAUACUGUAGAUCACUGUACUGUAUUUUUUACAGUGAAGCAGUUGACAACCAUAGGUGUAGUGCUGCC